GCACAGAGCGUGCGUCCCAAGGUCAAGGAGAUGAGCGCUGAGGUGGUGGAUUCGAACCCCUACAGCCGGCUAAUGGCCCUCCAGCGCAUGGGCAUAGUAAAGGACUACCAGCGCAUCCGAGACAAGACCAUCGCCAUCGUGGGCAUCGGCGGUGUCGGCAGUGUUGCGGCCGAGAUGCUGACCCGCUGUGGCAUCGGUCGUCUGCUGCUGUACGACUAUGACAAGGUGGAGCUGGCAAACAUGAACCGGCUGUUCUUCAGGCCUGAGCAGGCGGGCAUGACCAAGACAGAGGCGGCUGCGCAGACUUUGGCUGGCAUCAAUCCGGAUGUGGCGAUUGAGAGCUACACCAUGAACAUUACCACGCUGCAGGGCUUUGACUCCUUCAAGGCCUCCGUCACUGACGCCCAUGGGGCCACCCGAGUGGACCUUGUGCUGUCCUGCGUGGACAACUAUGAGGCGCGCAUGACCAUCAACCAGGUCUGCCUUGAGCUGGAGCAAACUUGGAUGGAGUCUGGCGUGUCAGAAGAUGCUGUUUCAGGCCACAUACAGGUUGUGAUCCCAGGAGAGACAGCCUGCUUUGCAUGCGUGCCCCCACUGGUGGUGGCGUCUGGCAUAGAUGAGCGGACACUGAAGCGCGAGGGUGUGUGUGCUGCGAGCCUGCCCACCACCAUGGGCAUCAUUGCCGGGCUGCUCGUUCAGAACACACUGAAAUACCUUUUACACUUCGGCCAGGUGACGAGGUAUCUUGGGUACUCCUCCCUGACGGACUUCUUCCCCACGAUGGACAUCAAGCCCAACCCGGGCUGUGCCAACCCAGCCUGCCAGAAGUUGCAGGCGGCCUUCCAGCUGCUGUACAAUUCCGAGGAGGCCGUCGCCGCGCGCUCGGCUGCGGCUGCGGCAGCUGCAGGCACAAAAGAGGAAGCCGCGACGCACGAGGACAAUGACUGGGGCAUCGAGGUGGUGAACGAUGCAGGCCCUGCAGCAGCCUCUGCAGGGCCAUGCACUGCAGGGCAACAAGACGGCCUUGCUGCAGGGCUCCAGUAUUCCUUUCCGGUGCGUCUGCAAUUGUGCUUCUUCGCAGCAAUGCGCACAAGCAUAAAUUUGCUUGCUGUGAGGGCUCAAUUUUCCCCCUGA